UUUUAUUUAAUAUAUUAUAUUUCAAUUUGAUGUUUUUAUUUAUAUUACAAAAAUCAAACAUAAAAUGUUACAGCCAAUCAAAUAUAAUUUAUUUUGUUUUAUAUGAAAAGUUAAUAUGACAAUUUAAAAAGAUUGGACUAUACCAUUUAAUUUAAAAAUUAAUUACUGAAAUAUAUAUAUAUAUAUAUAUAUAUAUAUAUAUAUAUAUAUAUAUAUAUAUAUAUAUAUAUUUGGUCUAGAUUAAAUAUGAUAAAUAAUAAACAAUAAUUAUCUAAUGGAAAUAUAUUUGUCUUGUUUUAGAAAUCUUAUUGUUUAGAUGUAUAUUAUUUUUGUUAGGAAAAUAUCAUAUAUGAGUAAAUUUUAGGAUAUUUAGUUAAAUUUCAAAUGAAUGGUCUAACAUAGAUUUUUAUAUGGUAGAUAAAAAAUAGAACCCUAAAUUAAUAGAUUAGAUAUUAAGGACCAUUAUUUAUAUGUAUUUAUAUGAUUUAUACAUUAUUAAAAUGUACAUUUAUAUAAUUAUAAACAUGUUCCACAUACAUUUUAAAUUGGUUUUAUAACAUUUUAAAACCUCUUAAAUUGAUUUUGUAAACCUUUAUUAAAUAUAUAUAGACUUAUAAAUAACUUAUAGACUUUUAGCAAAUGAUUUUGUAAAUACAUGGAGCGCUAUUUCUUUGUAUUUAUUGAUAAUCAAUUUCUUAAGGAGUUGAUAACUAAUCCCAAAAGAUUAAAUAUUACUGAAAAAACUAUUAGAAACAUAGGACUGGUUCCUUAUUUUUAAUUUUAAUCUACAAAUUCAGGAUAUUAUUCAUUGUCGAGCAAAAAUUCAAAGUCAAUUAUCCGCGCGUAGCGCGGAAAACCACUCUAGUAACCUAUAAAAAUAUAAAAAGAACGAUAAUAAUAUUGCCAAAGAUAUCAUUUAAACCGUAAAUUGCCAGUUUAAAAUUCAUGCACCAGAGACGAUCACUCACCAACGUUAAUAAUAAUACUGUCGUCUAUAAAGACAUUACAAACACAGAUUGUUUACAUAUCCCCACAUAUUCCGAAAUUAAAUGUGGAUGGGAUUUAUACAUAAGAAAUUCAUUAAGUUAAAAAGUCAUCGUUUGAUUACAAAAUAUGCGUACUUGCUCACCAGUUAAAUUAAAUCAAUACCGACGAUCUCAACUGAUAUUAACAACAUCGAUGUAUUCAACAGUACUAACCUCGUAUAACCAUAGUUUAAAGUAAGUUCAAUUUGCUGUUUAAAUAUUGAAUAUUUAAUACUGUAAUCUGCCUAGAAAUAAUCAUAUGUUCCUGAAUCACCAACAUCAUUCUCAGCAUCACAUGCUUUCAUAAUCUUCACCUUAGUUCUUUCUUCCUCUUCUUAAUCGAUCAAUGUUAGAACUAUAACCUUAUAGCUCAUCAACCAUAUAUAAUUCUAUUUACUUCUUUCCCAAGGAAACAUCUUACAGAGAAUCCAAAAGCUAAAAACAUUGUUGAUGGAGACCUUUGUCUUCAUCUGGCUACUCUUCAUCUGCUUCACACACUUGGCUUCAUCCAUAACUCAAGACUUCUCCUUCGUUGGCUUCAAAAACGCCUCUCCUAAUCUAAUCUUGUCCGGAGUUGCGGGGAUAGCCGACACAGGAGCUCUCAGGCUCACAACAGACACAAGUCGCAUGACCGGUCACGCCUUCUACUCCACACCAAUCCGGUUCAAGCCACCCGGUCAAAACCGAACUCUCUCCUUCUCCACCUCUUUUGUAAUAGUCAUGGUUCCAGAGUACGUCACCCUUGGAGGCCACGGACUUGCCUUCGCCAUCACGUCAACUCCAGAUCUCCAAAAUUCUCUUCCUAGCCAGUACCUAGGCCUUUGGAAUUCAAGCCGAGCUAACUUCUCUAGCAACUUCUUAGCUGUGGAGUUUGAUACCGUCAGAGACUUGGACUUUGAUGAUAUCAAUGAUAACCAUGUUGGCAUCGAUAUAAACACUCUUGAAUCAAGUACUUCAACUCCAGCUGGCUAUUUUCUACCUAACUCAACCAAAAAGGAGCUUUUCUUAGACAGUGGUAGAGUGUUCCAAGCUUGGGUUGAUUAUGAUUCAGACAAGAAAAGGUUAGAUGUUAAGCUCUCUCCAAUCUCCGAGAAACCAACGUUGUCUCUUCUCUCUUACAAAGUAGAUCUGUCCUCUGUCUUUGGAGAUGAGAUGUAUGUUGGUUUCUCUGCUUCGACCGGUAUGCUAGCUAGUUCUCAUUACAUCUUAGGUUGGAACUUUAACAUGGGUGGAGAAGCUUUGUCUCUGUCUUUGCCAUCUCUCCCUCGGCUUCCACGUCCAAACAAGAACAAGAAGAGCCCUGGCUUGAUCCUUGGAGUGUCUCUCUCGUGUUCCCUGUUGAUAAUCACGGUUCUUGUCGCGGCAGCGAUGUUUUUUAUAAAAAGGGCAAAAGAUGAUGACAAAGUUGAAGAGUGGGAGCUUGAGUUUGGUCCGCAUAGGUUCGCUUAUAGAGAGCUGAAGAAAGCUACUAAUGGUUUUGGGGACAAGGAGCUUCUCGGGUCUGGUGGAUUUGGGAAAGUAUACAAAGGAAAGCUUCAAGAUUCAGACGAGUUUGUAGCUGUCAAGAGAAUCUCUCACGAGUCAAGACAAGGUGUGCGAGAGUUCAUGUCUGAGGUCUCAAGCAUUGGUCACCUCAGGCAUAGGAACCUUGUUCAGUUGCUAGGCUGGUGUCGAAGGAGACAAGAUCUGCUUCUGGUAUAUGAUUACAUGCCUAAUGGAAGCUUAGACAUGUACUUGUUCGACGAAAACCCUAAAGUUAUCUUGACGUGGAAGCAACGUUUCAAAAUUAUCAAAGGGGUUGCUUCUGGCUUACUUUACCUUCAUGAAGGAUGGGAACAAACGGUUAUUCACCGCGAUAUUAAAGCCGCAAACGUUUUGCUAGACGGUGAAAUGAACGGGCGGGUUGGAGAUUUCGGUCUUGCUAAGUUAUAUGAGCAUGGAUCGAACCCGGGAGCUACAAGAGUGGUUGGUACGUUUGGGUACUUAGCACCAGAACUUACUAAAUCAGGAAAGUUAACAACAAGCACUGAUGUUUACGCGUUUGGAGCGGUUCUGUUAGAAGUAACUUGCGGGAGAAGACCUAUAGAGACAAAUGCUUUACCGGAAGAGCUUGUAAUGGUUGAUUGGGUUUGGUCAAGGUGGCAAAGUGGAGACAUUAGAGGUGUUGUGGACAGGAGAUUGAACGGUGAGUUUGAUGAAGAGGAAGUGGUUAUGGUUAUCAAACUAGGGCUUCUAUGUUCUAACAACUCCCCAGAGGUUAGGCCUACGAUGAGACAAGUGGUUAUGUAUCUAGAGAAGCAGCAUCCGUCCCCGGAAGUUGUCCCUGCGCCUGAUUUUUUAGAUAAGAAUGAUAGCAUGUGUGUUGAUGAUGGAAGUGGUAAUGUUGGAGAGUUUGAGGAUUUUGUGGAUUCAGCUAGGUUUUUAAGUAGACCGCAUGAGACUACUACUUCGUCUAUAUUCUCAUCCGCCGAUAAAACUAAAACCGAUCGGAGAUGAUGGAUUUGGUUUCGUGUUCUUAUAACCGCAUUUUGGUAAUGUUUUGAGUUAAAAAAUUUUCACCUGACCAUGGAAAAUGUAAGUUGUAUGCUAGAAAGAAAUUUUGUUACCAAAAAAAGAACCUAGAAAGUAAACUAUUUUUCAUAUGUGAUGGUUUUCAUGAUAACUAGUUUGAGCUGUUCCUUAAAGGUUUUGAGUUGGUCGAGUUCAGCGUGUGGUGGUCAUUAGCUGAUUUUGCUUUGCCAUCACGGAUAGUUUUUGGAGAACCCAUCUCAUUUUCAGCAACAUCUAUAAGUAAUUAGCACAAAAAUGUUAUAUGUCAAUAAAUUGUUUUUUGUCAAGUCAAACAGUUCUAGAUACCAAAAUUUGUAGAAUUUGCAUAUUAAGAAAUAAGAAUGGUAUAACUAACAGACAAACGGGAUGGAUGAUGAUGAUGCCUCCGACAUGGUUUGAAAGUUUGGGUUUUGGAGACUUGUUAUGUUAUUAAAUGUAUCGAAAUCAAGAACUAGAGAACACAAAACAAACCAUGUAAUGGUUGAUAAUGAUGAUGAGUUUAUAAGAGUUUGACUAGAUUCAAGCUAAAUCAUCAGUUUCUUUCUUUCUUUUAACUGAAUCAUGAGUUGGUAUUUGAGGGAUACACACUUUGCAACUUCUCAAACCUGAAAAAAAGAUUGGCGAAUCAUUAAUUGUCUAUUACUGAAAAAAAUCAGAUUCAAAGACUGAAUGAAACAGUGAAACUAAAGACUGUCCAUAAUGAGUCUCCUGAGUGUCCUCUAAUCCUACGAUGUUCAUGCCACCAAAAUUUGGUAGGCCAUUAGGCCCAAAAUUUUAAGAAGUCUAUCUCCUCCUACAAGAGAUGCAAGCCCAUGCAGUUGUAGAAAUAGGUGAUGACUGACGCUUUGAUUCAGCUACUUUUAUUUUGCCUUAAGGCUAAAACACAAUCCAUUUUCACUUUUAUAAAGUAAGAAGUGAUGUAACCCCAAUAAUUACGAGCAAACUAGUACAAAAGAUUCCACAAAGUGAAAACAAUAGUGUUGCCUAACAAUCCAAAUCAAGCAUGCUAAUGAACAAUCAACAUUUAAUAAUCAUUUAGCAAAGAUCCUUUUUGAUUUGUAGGGAUGGCUGAUAAAGCACUUCAAAUUUCAAACUAAUCGUUGCACCGGUAGGCGGUAACUAAACUAUCAUAAUUUGCCUCUUUUCUUUUUUUUUCCCCACUGAAGGAUUAUAUUAAAAGAUCAAAAAACAGAUCAGAGAUCAUACAAACAAUGACAUCAAGCUAGCGAGUUUAACCAACCCCCAGAGACAAAAGCCAGCAGAUAAAGGACAAUCUCUGGAGCCAAAAUCUAACAGAUUGAGAUUCAAUCCCUAAGAAACAAACUAAAACAACAAGGCUAACUUUAUAAAAAACAGAGAACCGAUCAUAGACUAUAAAUCAACACAAACAUCCAAGGAUCGUAGAUGUCAACAAGCAGAAAAGGUGAAGAAGGAGACAAGCGCCGGAACUCAUUAUACUGCUCCAACAACCAAGAGGAGCCACGAGCAAUCCGUAUUGAUACAACCAAGGGGGACGGAAUUCAAUUCAUGAUAUACUUAUUAUAUUUCUUAUAAUAUUUGUUACUUUUAUAUGUUUAAACACCAUUUAGAGAUUAAAGUGUUAUUAAUUCAGCGUUGCAAUGAUCAAUUAUCCCUCCAUAUAUUGCAAUGUUCGAUAGAACAAUCAAAUCGGCCCCGUUUGAAUUUUUAAAGAAACUAAUUUAUUUUAUUUUAUUUUGCCACAAAGUGUCAAAAAUGAAGCAGUAGUUACAUUGAACAAAUCGAAGAUUAAAUAAAACACGAAGAUAUCCAGCAAAAACUAGAAAGAAUCCAGCGCAACAACAUAUAUUUUACUUAUAAAAUUAUUUUCUUUAUCAGUUUAUCUUACAAUUUUUUUUUAUCAGUUUAUCGAUUGUAUUGUGAAGAGAGUAUUUAUAGAAAAAGAUUAAUUUUACAUGCAUGGUUUAUGACUUCAUGGUUCAAAGAAAUAUGGAUCUAGGACUGGGACCUUGGUUAAAAAAUAUUAAAUUAACAUGUUAUGGUUUAUGAUUCUCAAAGAUUAUUGACCUAGAUCUAGAACUAAUAAGAAAAUAUCAUCACUUCUUCAGCAAACUCAAUGACAAUGAGUAGCAGUAGUGACUUAAUUUCUUAAAGAGACUCGAUCUUUCUAGCCUCACCUCUGUUUAAUUAAUUCCCCCAUGCCUAAUUAAGCACUUCAAAAAAAAUAUUCUUAUUUAUUCGAGCUAUAAUGAAUCAUAAUUGUUGUGGUCAUAUUGUUAGUAGAAAUGAAUAUAAAUUACGGGACCAAAUACGAUUUUUUUUAACAUAGGGACCAAAUACGUUUUAUAGUGGGUUUAUAAAUCUGUUUAUAACAACUUUUCUAAGACCACAUUAAUCUGUUUAUAAUAUCAUAUAUAAGUGGCAGCUAUUUCAUGAAGUCGUGGAUUACGUAAGAUGUUACGUGUUGUCAUCACACUGCAGUAUCCAUUCUAUAAAUUAACUUUUUCAUACUUAUGUAUAAGCUAUGUUUAGCUAGAUAAUCUUUACUUUUGCGCAACAUUUGGAAGAAAAAAAUAUUGGUACUUUCGUUAGAUUUUUUUAAAUAUUUUUCGCACGUUUAAUCCACUAGUACCACUACUAACAACAAUAUUUCAGAGCCCUUUAAAAUGUCACCGAUGUCCUUUGACUUCAAGGAUAUUCGAAAAUCCUAAUGACAUUUAAGUAUUUAAUCAACUACAUUUUUUUUAUAACACAAUUAAGUUCUAGCACAUUGUUUGGUCUAAUGAUAACUAGCUACGAAAUCACGUUCUAACAAUUAGUAAACUAUUAAAUCGAUAUGAUCAUGGCGUUGAAAACAAAUAUAAUUUACUAUUUUAUACUAACAUGCUUUUGCAUUCUCUAUUGUUCAAGAGCAUACACUAAAAUUGAUGAACAGAUGCAAAACACAAACAUAAGAAUCUAAACUACAAGUCUACCAACUAAAAGAGUACGUAGAAACCGGAAGGGAGAAUCCUUUAUUUACAUUUGUAUCUCUAUCUACUUCCAAAAAUCAAAACAACGGACAAAGAAGAUUUGAUGUUUGAUUUAGGAGUGGUCGGAGUAGUUCUUAUUAUGAUUACUAUUAUCAGUCCAGCAAAGAAGCAUGAUGACGCAUCUCCUUAUGAUGUAAAAACGAGCUCCUUGUUCUCUCACUAGUCUCCCACACUUCCUUGUGAAACCGUGUUUCCCUUGCUUCUUCUGUCUCAACGAGCUUGUGACUCUCGACGUGUCUCCAUCAUCUCCAAAGGUUUCCUUUUUUGAUGAUAGGUUCCAUCUCUGAAACUGCGGUGCGUUUGCUGAUGAUCUAGUCAUUUAACUGAAGAUCUGGCCACGAAAGAUUUUAUUGUUGGAGAUUGAUGGAUUAUGGAAUCUGUUCUCUUUAACUUGGGAGAUUCAGCAAAGAUAAAGAAAGAGUAGUAGAGUUUAGGAGAGUUUAGGUUAUACUUCCUCAUUUAUAAUGGUGUUACAAAUCGAUGUCGUUUUUGGAAAGGAAAAAAAAAACCGCUUGACGAGAAAUAAAAUAAAAAAAAUUUCUCUUUCUUGCUUUUACUUUACUCAAUAGAUCUUCAAUUAAUGAAACAUUAAAAAAAUUCUACACUAUUUUACUUCUAAUAUUAUUAUUUUUAUUUUCUUUCUUACGUUGAAUCUUUUUCGAAAGGGGUUCAGUUUUAACAAAUUUGAGGUGACAAUGAAAUAAAUAACUAAAUAAGUGUAAAAAUAAAACAAAUAAGUUACCUUCAAUUAACGAUUUGAAUGUACGUCGUCGUAUUUUAGUAUUUCUUUGCAUGAACCAAUACGUUGAUUUUUUUUUUACCUAAUCUCUUCAUAAUCCAUUAAACGUAGUUUUUAAUCUAAUACAGAUUAAUGAACGAUAGUAAUUUACUAUUUUUCUUACAAUAGGCAAACCUAGGUAUAUAUCCUCAAAGUUUCAAACGCACUGUACGGAAUAGCUGGGGUAUAGUUCAAUUUUCAACUUAGGCUCUGAAUGGUGACUGCGGUUUGAGCGGUGCGGGACAAACAGUUCAAUUACAGUGCGGUUUUAUCAGUUAUAAAAACGUAUAAAUAUAUAGUAUAUGUAAAGAUUUUUUUUACUGUUAACUGCGGUGCGGGGCGGAUCGGUUGUAAACAUUCGAAGCCUUAGACAACAACGAAUGGUUUAGGUCGUUGCUCACGGUAUCAUGGCACAUGCGAAAUGUUUUUCUUUUGGUAGAAAAAAUGUGUUUUCACCUCUUUGUCGGAAAUCCAAACAUUGUAAAUAGUCAUUUCCAAUGCGAAUCAAACCGGACGACAAAAGUUACAGCUGCAAUCUUUUUACCACUUGACCAAUUCGACGUUGGUAUGCGAAAUGCUUUUCCAAAAUAUUUGCACCAUAGUCUGUUACAAUUGCAUAUGUAUUGAGUAAUUUAUUUAAAGAAACUGAUAUAUAAGAUACUUUCUAUGGUUCAAAUAAAAAUAAACUUAUAUAUUUAAUUUAAUUAAAAAUCAACAUAUUUAUAAGUUAUAAAUAUAUGCGUUAUAAGGUUUCGAAUAGUGACCAUUGUCCCGUCGCGUCCCGCAGUUAACAGUAACAAAAACAUCUACAUAUACUAUAUAUCAAUACAUUUUUAUAACUGCUAGAACCGCACUGCAGUUGAACCGCUUGUCCCGCAUCGCUCAAACCGCAGUCACCAUUAAGAGCCUUUGAAUGAAUUGUAUCUCUACCUUUUUAAUGGGUUUCUUGGGGGUGCAGCUGAUUUUGCAAUCUCAAACUAUCUCACUGAUAGAUAAAAAUGAAAAAGAUAAAAGCUUCAGCAAAAAGAGAGAUUUUGAUGCACCAAAACAAAUCUAAAUCAGUGACCUUUUAUCUGCAUAGAUAAAGUUUGCUGCUUUCUCAGUACAAUUCAAUUAUUCCCACCCCUAUCACUCUAAAACAAAAUAAUCCUACCGAUACUAUUAAAUCGUGUGUCUUUACUUAUAUAUCAAUGUAUAAUAUAAAAGAAAAAAUAAAACAAAAAAUGAGAUCUGUGAACAAAAAAAAAAGAAAAAAAAAGAGAUCUGCUAGAACUAAGACACAAGUUAAUAUUGAAGGUUAAAUGUAUUAAACAUAUAAUAUGUAACAAAAUCAGAGUCUUCUGAUAACUCAUAGUCUUCCAAACUUAUAAAAUCUCAAUAUUCAGUGAAAUUCAUCAUAUAACUCACUACAAGAUUAAUUCAAAUUGAAGCAAUGUUAUUUUAAUAUACUAAAGUCUCUAUUGCUCUUCAGUCGCAUUAAAAAUAAAAGCAAAUUCAUAUCUAACAAAAUCCAUCUUAGUCAAACACCAAAUCUUGUUUUAAUCAUUGCGAUUAGGAUCACAAUCACCAAUAACAGUAAUCUGAAAAAUCUUACUAUAUACUUUUUCCAGCCACUAUGUGUGGAAGUAAUUUGCAUGCAUAUGUAUAUACAUAUGAGUCUCCAUUUUAUGGGUCACUAUACUAACCUAUAAUUGGAUGCAAUUCAUUUUAUCGGAUCAGAAUAUGAUUGGAUGCAAUUAAAAAAAUGUAUUUUCUUCUUCUCGUUUUUAGUUUAUCCUUUUGUUAUAUGCAGUUAUUCUCGCCUUACCAAGUAGACGAAAACUAUGAGACACUAAAUGUGAAUAAUAAACAACAACAUAAAAAAAAAAAAGCUGAUCCCAUUAGAGGUUAUGAAUUUCGGCUCUGAAGUUCUUAGGCAGGAGUAUUAUCAGAAGAUAACUGGACAAAAUGUUACUUAAUAAGUUCUUGAGACGGAGAGAGGAUUAGGAAGGAAGCAGGUGUGCAUACAUUUAAAACCCAAUUCUGAGGCCCAAACUUAAAGGCCAGAAGUUAGAAAAGGCAUUAACUUCCCAACGUUAUGUUAAGGGUCCGUUGUGUUAAUUGAGAGAUGCACAAAGAAAGCGUCAAGAAUUGACCAGCCAUCCAAUAAAACCAGUCAAUUAUCAAAUUUGUAACAAGUUUUGUAGUUUUCUUUUUUACUUUCCAUUUAUUCAUCUGCUUGCUUCUUCCCAAAAGGGAUAGAGUUUUUCUUUUCCUCCCUUCAGUUACAUCAUCAUUUAAAUAAUUAAAUUAGAAAAAUAAACAUCAAAUGGCCUAUAUACACUUUGAUAGAUUACUGGACAAGAACGACUACAAACGAUGGUUACCAGCUCAGCUCACAAAUCUAAUCGCAUUAUAUGGAAUCGCGAUAGACAGUUUAACCUACAAUUGCUUGCUUUCAAAAACCUUACAUCUAUAAUAAUUUGCAACAGUUCAUUCUCUGUUAAAUUUUAGAUUUGAUGGAGAAAUGACUAAGUUGCAUAGUCUCGUACUAAUUUGGUUUCUAUAUAUUUACUUUAUUUCCCAGUAUACAGUUAUAUACAUUAUCAGGCUUCCUAGCUAACCCCAAUUGCUCCACUAAUUGUUACAUACAGCAUUUAUAAUCUCAAUUGGAAUAUUGGAAAGGAACCCAUUACUAAGAUCUUGUAACAUCCAUUCAUAUUUCAUGUACAUAUUUUAGAGAGAGAUAUAGGCCAUUAGGGUUGUAAAAGUCACCAACUCUUAAAUGGUUAAUUAGAUCAAAUUAGAGAAGCUUCAUGUGAACAAGCAUGUGAGUAUAAACAAUACAAUACGUAACCUCAUCAUCUACAUAUAUAUUAGAGAAGGAUGAUCGAAAAUAAUGAUCUUGCUUAUAAAAAGAACCCAUGGACACACAAAAACAAGGGAGGGUUAGGUUUCACAUGGAGAUGACUCCUUUGAUUAAACAUUAGACAAAGAGAAGUACUAAACAAAUGUAACAGAACAAAAAAAAGUAACAAAACAAAAACAACAACAUACAUAUGCGUCCUCCAUACAUAAAGCCAUAUUCUACCAAACCCUUUUAACUUAUUGUUGUAUAUGCAAAAUCCAUACAAUAUCUACGGAUUCUUUAGAUACCAUAGCUAUGGAAUGACAAAAGGAAGCUACAAAAUGACUAUGUACACUUUGUACUUCAUAAGAAAACCCUAAAGCCGUCUAGAAUUGUUUUUCUCAGUCCAUACAUUGUGCAGCAAAAAUUAUAACAAGAUUAACAGUACGGAUUCCACAAAAUAAAUUGAUAUACAUAUGUUAAUACCAUUCAUCAUCGUUUCAUAUUAAAAGUUGUUCACAUACAUAUGCACACAGAUCUAUACAAAGACAAAUAUAUGUGUGCUUAACCAGAUAUAUAUUUAUCAUACCUGUGCAAUAGAAUUCGCCACAAGUCAUCGUAGUAAAUAGAUCAUAGAUCUAAACAUCUGAUCUAUAUUUCUGCUAAAGUAUCCGUUUGAGUAUUAGAUCAUAUUAAAAAAAGCCAUUUAAUUGCCGCUGCAGCAUCAUCAAGAUUCUCAAACCAAAGAAGAUGGGAUCAGAGGAGAACCCAUCAAAGAAUAUGAUUUCUGAAUCUUGAAGAUGAUGCAAUAGCAAAAAAUGACUGCCACAACUUCAAAAUUAGAUCUCGUCAUAAGAAAAUCCUAAUAAGUAAUCUAGUAAUAAAGAGUAAAGAGAACCCCAAGAUCUGAAGAAGUAUAAGAGAUUUGUGUGGAGAAAGUAGGAACGGGUUAAAGAGUUUAAAUAGAAGAAGAGAAAGAGAACCUACGGUCGAGAUUGUCUUGGCAUAUCAGAGAUUUAGAAGGAUAGAGAUUAGGAAACAGUUUACACAUCAUAAUCGGAGAUACAAAAUAUACCAAAGCUCAUUAACCAUUACUGUGCCCAGAAUUAAUUAGAAAGGAAAGAUAGUGAGUAAAUUAAUGAAGUGUAAAAAUAAAAGAGAGAAGAGAUGCGUUGCGUAGUCCACAAGCAUUAAGUUUUGUGGAUCGAUGGAAUUGACACAUUUGACAGCUCUUUCCUCUCUGCCAUUUCGUCACCAUUUAGGGUUUAGAGUUUUCCCAGACGUUUCCUUUCUUCUGGUCCCUCCUCCUACCAUUUCUGCUUCUCUCUCGUUUCUUCAAAUUAAAAUCAUUGCGGUUUUGAAAACCUUUUUUUAGGUUUUCACAUUUUAAUGUUUUACUAUUGUGUUGAUUAUGAAAUUAACUUAAAUCUCUGUGUAUAAGCAAAAAUCCAAAUUUGUUGGUCGAAAACCUCUGCGUACUGUAUACCCUUUAGAAUUAGAAAAAUAUCUACUAAUUUUCUAAAUGAAAAAAAUAUCGAUUUUGAGGUUAUAUAAAUACGGUUUUAAUGAGUCGUAUAUUCAUUCACAUAGUCAAUAUUCACAUAAAUUAUUUGCAUCAAUCCUUUUUUUCUCUGAAGUGUUAGUUCACAACAAUUAUGCAUUUUCAUUUUUCUCAUAUAAUUGACAAAUUUUGGUCUCUCAUCGAGCGCCGUUCUCUACCAGCAACUUUUCUGAAGCCAAACAUCCAAAAGAUCUUUUUGCAUUAUUCAAAAAUUAGUUUUGUUUGUAAUGAUUUUGCUGCAUUAUGUUGGAGUCUCCGAAAAAAAUAUUGAACCUCUGCUAAAGACUUAUAAUGUUUCGUAUACCAUAGCCGACGUUGGAACUAAGACUUAUCUCUUUGGCUAUAUAUAAUUAUAUAUCCAUUAGGUGACAAAUUCAGUACAAUAUAUUCAUGCAGUUUGAUCUGUGUCCUCUGAUACCAAUAAUUUUUUUUUUAUAAUGUAACAAAAUAAAAAUGUGUUUGCGAAAGUAUAUAUAAGCCCUACAUAUGUGUAACAGAUCUCCAGCACAUUAUAACUACUUAUUAAAGUUUUAUAAUGAGAGAGUUAAACUCCCCUGAAUUGUUCUCUAAUGUCAAGACAGCUAGAGCUAGUUCUUCAGCUACUAAUAUUUCAUCUAAUAGUAAAUGCCCCCGAGCUCGUAGGCUCUAGCUACUUGUCACUAUCUUUGUAUGAUCUCAAACACACCCUAACACAUAAUUUUUUUUUUUUAUUUAACAAAUGCACUUCUUUAAAAGCCCAUUCUAUUUCGUGGAUCGUAUGAUGCUUUGCAAUUGGGCGUACUGGUGUGCUACAAGCUUGAAAUAAUCUAUUUAUUUCGGCUUCUCACUUGUAAAAAUUAAUAAUUUUCCAUACUUAAAUUUCCUGGAACCUGCUGAUCUAGGAGAAUUUUAUUGCAAAAAGUUAGCAGCAAUAAAUUUUAGUAUUAGGGUUUUAAUAAUUUAUCUAAUUGACUUUAGCUUUAUCGGUUAAAGCCAUAUUACAUAUAUUGUUUCAGCAUUAUCUAAUAGUUUUCGAAUUUACAGAUAUGCUUGAAAAAUAUAUUUAUACGCUUCUUUAAUCUGCUACAAAUAUUAUAAAAUGAUGAUCAGAUAUUUUUUAUGGCACCUUACUGAUCUUAUUUCUAUAUAGAUUAUGGUCAUACAGAAAAUUAUUGCCAUUGUACAUUUUACGGAAUUUUGUGGACCGCCCUAAUCUAACCAACUUAUCGUUAGUUGAGAAACAGUCCAAGUAACAUCUCACACACAUGUGGUGGCAUAAUGUUUGGUGUCAUCGUAUUAUAUAUACCUCGUGGCUCAGUUUCACUUAUGAUGAAACAAAAACCUAUAACAAGACACAUAUUAGUUGUCUUAUAUCUUCACUGUUAUUUAUGAGAUUAACUAAUUUUCAUUAAAGAGUAGUGCACAUGGGUUCCUGAGAUGUGGGCUCGUCUUAGAGUAUCGGUUAUACAAAAGAACACAAAUAUAGCUGUUGCAAUCUAAUAAACUCCAGAUUAUUUCUUGUCAAUACUAAAAUUUCAUAGUGCCAGAGAAAUGUGGGGAGAAACGAGGAUUGCUAUAGCACAAAACCCUAGUGUUGCACGUCUGCAAAAGAAACUUUAAUUUCGUAUAUAUUUAAAAAGCAAAACAUAAAAAACACAAGUGCGUGCGUGCAAUAAAAUUGGACAUACCAGGUUGAAGAAUAUUUAUAAAAAAAAAAAUUAGAAAAGAAGGAAACACGAAGAUGGAGACAUGGAGGAGAUGGGACAUUGUCGUGGCUGCAUAUGCCAAAUGGUACGGAUUCAUGAGAAGUGGAGCCAAUGAGUCUAAUCCUCCUCCUCGUACGGGACUUUUUAUUUUGUAUAGUCACAUCCAUCUCUUCAUAUUAUUUAUGUAUUGUGUAAUGUGUACAACAAUACGCUCGUGUUAUUUUCAAUAACUAAUACUUAGGCUAUUCUCUAAUCAUUUGAAAAUGUUAUGCAACAAAAUCUUAAAUAUCUUUGAUAGUUAAUUUUACAAAAAGAAACAAAUUAUAAAUCUGAAUUUACAUAUAUAUUCAUGAGAAAACUUUGAUUUGAUUUAUACAAAAUCGUUAUUUUAUAUGGAAUUUAUUGAACACAUCAUUUAUGGAAAAAUGUAUCCAGUUGCAAACUUGCAAUAUAUGCGUAUGCGGUUAAUGUUAAAAAAAACAUAUAUGCAUGCAGUACUGCCGCAUCAUAUUCUUAGAAUAGUAUUAUCGGUAAAAAUGAUAAAGAAUUCUAAAAGAAAAAAUAUAUUAAUAUUAUAACUACAUCAUUAUAUAUUUAUAUUUUGAAUUCUUGAAAAAUUAACAAAGUAACCUAUGUUGAUUUAAUAUCUUAACAAGUUCUAAGACUAUGUACAAUGGUCAUUUGGAUUCAACACCCUAAUUUACACUUUUUCACAAUCCACAUCAUCUUCUUCUUCUUCCACCUAUUAAUUCAACACAUACACAAAUUUUAUCUCUACAAUAGUUUUGUUUAAUCAAAUUCAACAUCUUAAUUUAUAUUUUUAUUUCUAUGCCAAAUAGCAAUGUAUUAAUAAAAAAAAUAAUUGUAACUAAACUCAAUAACUAAAAAUGACAUAUUUUAAUUAAAAAUGACAUAGUAUUAACUGAGUUCAUAAAAUUAAUAUUAAAAAAAAGUAAAACUAUAAAAAACAUGUAUUUUUAUUCUAUAUCCAAAUUAAACGAAACUAGUCUCUAUUUAUAGAUCAUUACAAAUGAUGAAUUUUGAUCUACUUUUUAUUUUUUAGAAAAGUAUUUUACCAUAAAAUAAUUAAGUUUAAAGUAUAGAGUGAAAAUUAAAAAAAAAAA